UCAAGUAUCGAUAAUGCCGAUUCGAAUAAUUUAGCUAAAGAUACUAAUUCAACUUGGGCAAAGAUUCUUUUUACUUAUUGUAAUAUCGUUGAAGAUUCAAAAAGUAUUUCUGAUGCUGAAGGUUCACAUUCUAUUGUUUCAAGUAACAUCACUGGUAAUACUCAAUGUGGUUCUUUCGUGGCAGAUAAAGAUUUUUCUUCAAAACAUGUAAAGAUUGAGAAAUCUGAUGAAAUUUUUGAUAAUGUUGAUUCUCAUUAUUUUCAUUCAGAUGAGAUUUUUGAUAGUGAAAAUGUUAGAAGUGGUGAGACAGAAGAUAUGUCUAAAAAAUCCUAUUUAACAACAUAA